UCUCAAUUUAUUUAUUUUUUCUUCCUUUGAGAGCAAAGUUACAAUUUAUAAAGCCUUUUGUAACAAUUGACAACUCAAAUGAUAUUAAAAUUUUCCAGUACAGCCGAAAGAGGUAUUCAUAGAGAUUGCAUGCCAAUCAGGUGCAUGUAAUUUGGAUUUCGGUUGUGCUUAAUCAGAUCUUACAUCAAAAACCAUUUUUCAUUGAGGAAAAUUCGAAUUAGUGUGGCAGUUGGUUGCUUCUCCUUGUUUGUGCAAGGAAAACCACAAAGCGAGCUUGUGCGGAGGGAGAGAGAAGAUUAAAAAAUGGGGGAUCUGUUCAGCGGCGAUGAGACAGCACCAUUUUUCGGUUUCCUUGGCGCUGCAGCAGCUCUCGUGUUCUCCUGUAUGGGUGCUGCAUAUGGAACAGCGAAAAGUGGUGUUGGUGUAGCAUCGAUGGGUGUCAUGAGGCCAGAGCUUGUCAUGAAAUCAAUCGUGCCAGUUGUUAUGGCUGGUGUUCUAGGUAUCUAUGGCCUAAUUAUUGCUGUCAUCAUUAGCACGGGAAUCAAUCCCAAAGCCAAGUCAUAUUAUUUAUUUGACGGCUAUGCGCAUCUAUCUUCUGGACUGGCUUGUGGUCUUUCUGGUCUUUCUGCGGGCAUGGCUAUUGGUAUUGUUGGUGAUGCUGGAGUAAGGGCAAACGCACAACAGCCAAAGCUCUUUGUGGGCAUGAUUCUCAUCUUGAUCUUUGCUGAAGCCCUGGCCCUUUAUGGUCUUAUUGUUGGCAUUAUUCUCUCUUCACGUGCUGGUCAGUCAAGGGCAGAAUAAAGGGAGGAUAGAAAUGCUAUUAAUUCACAUGGUUAAUUUUGCCAUCUUUAGUCUAAGAUCACCGUGCUUGUAAAAUCUGUCUGAAAAAUGAUUUAUUUUUUGACUGUAGUGCUAUACUCAAAUAUCUUUAAUGAUUGUUUUCUUCUAGUUCUAGAAUUUGGAUAUUUUUCAAUUGAAGAAUUUUAUUUGGAGCAUCGUUAUUGGUACAGUAUAAACAGGUUUGUGUUAAAUUGGUUGAACGAUACACACAAUUUAAUUGAUAGUGGACAAUAGUUCCCUUUUGUGGUUUAA